GGACGCGCCGUAUUCAAACUUGUUUUCAAUACGGAAGCACGACAAGACCGUUUAGGAGCCUCAACAGUGUUUUUCAAACAACGUUGUGAUGCUGUAAACAUUUCUGAACAUAACUAUUGACAACCACACUGCUGCAAUGACUGCCAGAGGUGCAAAGGAUGCUAUUGUUAACAAGUUGGGCUUUAAAUCAAAUGGAUCCAAGUUGGAAUUGGAGCUUGAUAAACUCCGCAGAGAAAAUGCACAAAUGAGGAAGAACAUGGAUGAAAUGUCCAGACGACAUGGACAAAAGAACCCUGAUUCGGAUAAAACUAAACUACUCCAGAGGAUUGUGUGUCUUGAAACCCUGAGGGAGAAGAACUCUCAACAGCUCCUGACUAAGGAUCAUGAGAUUGCAAUGCUUCGGCAGCAGCUGCGCUCGGCACAAGGCGAGGUGGUUGCUUCGUUGCACUCGCAGCUGGACGAGAAGAAGAAAGAGACUGAACAGCGAGAGAAACUCUUCCAGUCGCUGACUCUUGAGACGGAGAACUUGAAAAACAGGUUGGCCUCAGUGACGGAAAGGUGUCAGGCCCUGGAGAAGCGUGACCCCACAGCACAGGUCCCCCCUGGUGAUGUUGCCGUUAUGCAGGACCAGUUGAGGGAUGCCCUGGAUAAGAACCAGCACUGGCUGGUGUAUGACCAGCAGCGGGAGGUGUACGUUCAGGGGCUGCUGGCCAGGACACAGGAGCUGGAGCAGCAGGUCAACCAAACCACCCAACAGCACAACAAAGAGGGCAGUUCGGAGGCAAACAAGACCUCCACUGCCACCCAGCAUGAGCUGCAGCAGCUAAAGCAACAGCAUGAGCAGCAGCUAAAGCAACAGCAUGAGCAGCAAAUAAAGCAACAGCAGGAGCAGACAAAGCAACUGCAGGAGGCUCGGCGGGACGCAGAGUUACUGAGGGAGAAGGCGUCACGGGCGGAGCGGGAGCUGGAGGAGCUGAGGCAAAAGGCCGGACGGGCGCAGACGGAGGCGCAGGUGGAGCGGCAGACUAGCCAGCUGGCCGGGCGGGAGGCACAGGAGCAGAGGGAGAGGGUGGCCAAGGCGGAGAGGGAGGCGGACAGCCUGCGGGAGAAGGUGAUCAGGGCACAGGAGGAGGCGCGCGCACUCAGAGGGAGGUAUGAGGAGAAACGGCAGGAGCUGGAGAACACUGAUGCACUCCUGGAGGAGGAGAGGAAGAGGGCGUCCGAACUACUGCUGCAGGUGAACCUGCUUCAGAAGUCCAUGCUGAACCAACACGAUGAGCAGAAGAGGGUUGAUAUCCUGGAGCAACAGGUCCAGCUGUCAGUGAGGGACUUUGAGACGGAGAAGCUGGACCGCCAGGAGCUGCAGCACCAGCUGCACCGCAUGCUAAAGGAGCUACGCAAAGCCAGAGAGCAGAUCUCACGCCUGGAGGCCACCAAGCACCAGUCUCGUUUCUCUGAGCCCAGCUCCUACACCAGGCGGCUCACUCUGGAGGACCCCGCACCCGGCCUCACCUCCCCCUCCAAGGUGCUGGAUGAGAGCUUCCUGGAAUGCCCCAAAUGCCACACCACCUACCCCACCAGCCAGCACCGCGAGCUCCUCACCCACAUUGACUACUGCUGUGCCUGAAGAGCAAAGCGUUUUUUUUUUGUUUGUUUGUUUGUUUGUUUUGGUUUGCUUUUUCCGUCAGAGGUUUUACCAUUUUAAAGUAUUUUGUUUAAAAUUUUAUGACUAUUUUUCUAUUUUCUUAAAUUGAAAUGUGGUGGGUAUUAGUAAUCCACUUUGGUUUGUUUUAUUACUAUGUGCAUCACGCUCCGGUAUUUUAAGUUCUACUGUACUUUCAUUGAACAAACCUCCACUCUAUGUUUACCCAUAAACCCAUUAUGACUUACACGUACUCAAUCAUUGAUGCUGAAAGAGAUUUAGUUUCAGUCCCAAAUCUGUCUGGUAUACUAUACGUUAUGUGUGACCGUGUAUGACUUUUGUUUUUCUCCCUUUGUUUUAUGUAAACAUCUAGUAAUUUAUGGGUAGAAUGGAAGUUUUAUUUGCACUUGGGAUUUUUGUUUAAUGACUGCAGUGACUUCAUUGUGUUUGCUCCUAUAUAUAUUGUACUGUACGCAGGGCACUGAGCCUCAAUUAAAAUAAUGACAAUUAAAUAAAUAAUUGGAGCCAUUUCCUUUUCUUCCAGGUUAAGAAAGCUUUUACAGACAGGGCCCUAUGCUUUCUACGCAGGAAACCCCAGACAGAAUAGCGGAAUUUGACUGUUUCGGGGGGAAAAAAUGAUGGGAGGGAAAUACAUUUGAUAGUGUUAUGGGUCAAAGAUGUUGUCAGAGACAGCUAGCAAAAGUUAUUUUUGUAAAAUGAGACCAGAAGGUAACCUCGCCUUAAAUAUGUUUGCAUAUUUUUUCUUGUAUAAUUAAAUUGAAAAUUAUUGUAAAUUAAACUCCAGGCCUAUUGUGUGUAAAAGCACAGUAGCCUAAGUACAUUUUUGGAUUGGACCUAUGAUUUAAUAAAAUUAAUUAAACCAAAUCUA